AUGGGGUCAAGUGAUGAAAAGCUAUUAAAGGUCUCAUUUACUCACCGGAUCAUCGCUUCUUCAGUUGGUGGCAUAAUGACAGCGUUUGUUAUGACGCCUCUGGAUGUUGUGAAAGUCCGAAUGCAGUCUUCCAGGAUAUACUCCGAAACCAAGUGUCUUAUUUAUUGCAAUGGACUAGCUGAACGCCUCUCCAUCUGCCCGUUGAGCCGUAACACAUGUUCUAUGUCUUGGUCAGAACGUGCUAUGAAGUGUGCAGGGAGAUGGAACUUAUUUACCUCGAACGAAUCACAUUGUUGUUCCACAUGCAUUCCUCAUUAUAAUAACCAGUCUUUUGUUUCAUUCCCCUGCCGCUCCCCUAGCGUCUCAGAUACUGUACUCAAAAUUAUUCGUAAUGAAGGUAUUUUAUCUCUUUGGAGUGGACUCUCUCCAACACUUGUUAUGACACUUCCUCAAACUGUUAUCUACUUCACUGUCAAUGAUUGGCUAAAAUAUCAUGUUGGAUAUACUUCUAAGACUGUCAACAAAUCACCAGUAAUGACAUGUGGAUCUUCCCAAAACUUCAUCUCCCCUAAAGACUUUCUCCCUCCAUUAGUUGGAGGUGUGUCUCGAAUUUUCGCAGUAAUGGCUGUAUCACCAAUAGAAUUAUUACGUACAAAAAUCCAAGCUAGGAAAGUACUCUACCGAGAUAUAACAGCGUUAGUUGUUACAACAGUGAAACAGGAUGGUUUGAAAAGUUUGUGGUUAGGUGCUGGACCAACUCUGUUACGUGAUGUGCCUUAUUCUAUGGUAUUUUGGUUAACUUACGACUAUAUGAAGUCUGGGUUUAUAAAUAAACAGAUAAGAACGAAUUUGUUGCCGAAUAGUGAGUUGCCUGCCACAUUUGACAGAAUUCACUUCUCUCAUGCAUUUGGUUUUGGAGCAGCUGCUGGUUUUAUUUCUGGCGUAUUAACACAUCCAUUCGAUGUGAUUAAGACUCACAGACAAGUUGAUUUCGGAAAGUAUUCGUUUGCAUUUAAUCAUCACCCAUCAACGUGGACAUUACUGCAUAAUUUGUAUAUUAAAAAUGGUCUUUCAGCCUUGUUUUCUGGUUUCACACCUAGACUAAUUAAAACAACCUGCGCUUCUGCAAUAAUGAUUGCCGUCUUUGAAAGUUUAAAAGAAAAAGUUGUAAAUAUUGGAACAAGUUAA